ACAAAGAGAGGUAGAUAGGCCACAAAAAUGGAACCUUCUGUCUGUUAUUCUGAUAAGGUAUUAGUCAUCGUUAUGUGAUUGCAGACUCUGUAAGAUCGGUUGAAUGACAAGAAGUGUUAAAGAACACUCAAAGCUGUCCUUCAAGUCAAAAUUUUAAGCUCAAGACUAUCUUAACCACCAUGUUCGGCCUCUUUGGAUCUUCAUCUUCGCCGUUCGAUCCUGACGUUGAGAAAGUUACCAAUGAAAAGAAUACGUCUGAAAAAUGGGACGACAUAAUGAGUGUUUGUGAUCGUGCCAGCGUCUCUACUCAGAAUGCUAAAGAUUGCUUGCGGUCUAUUCUGAAAAGGCUUGCACACAAUGACCCUCACGUUUGUUUACAAGCCUGCACACUCCUUGAUGCUUGUGUGAAGAAUAGCGGACGUGCCUUCCAUCUCGAAGUUGCCUCACGAGACUUUGAGCAAGAAUAUAGAAAACUUAUUUUUAAAUCCCCUCAUUUUCGAGUGUCAGACAAAUUGAAAGAGCUCUUACAGAAAUGGGCGGAAGGUGAAUUCAAAUCUGAUGCUCAAUUAAGCCUCAUCCCGGCAUUCUAUCAAAAGCUCAGAGCUGAAAAUGUCGACUUUACCCCACGAGACCCCAAGCCCAGAUCAGCCACGGUUAAUAAAGACCCUAAUGUUGCUGCAAGUCAAGAAGAAGAAGAUGACUUAGUAAAAGCUAUAACACUGUCUUUGAAAGAUGUAUCAACAAAGUCUCGUACUGAAAGUUUAUAUCCUUCUACAACUGCAACAAGUUCAUCAAAUAUUCAUGGACAUGUGACACACAAAUUGGAAGCUCGUAAAGUUCGUGCACUUUAUGAUUUUGAGGCAGCUGAGGACAAUGAACUAACAUUUAAAGCAGGAGAACUCAUUCAUGUAUUAGAUGAUUCAGAUCAUAAUUGGUGGAAAGGGUAUAACAAACGAGGAGAAGGACUUUUUCCAUCAAAUUUUGUGACUGCAGAUUUGUCUGCAGAGCCUGAAAAUUUCAAAGAGGAACCACAAAAGAAAGUAGUUCAAUUCAGUGAAGAGGUGUCAGUCCAGCUUGCUCCAAGGGAUGCAGUUGAAAUCAAUGAAGAGAAAAUAGAUAGGUUGAGGCAUCUACUUCAUGAGGCUAAUCCAGAAGAAGACAGAUACGAUUCACCUGAAAUGUUGGAUUUAGAAGAGCAAGUAAAUGCAAUGGGGCCUCUCAUUGACAAUGAAUUGGAGCGAGUAGACCGGAAACACGCUCAACUGACUCUACUUAGCUCAGAUCUAGUUGAAGCUCUCAACUUGUAUCACACUUUAAUGCGAGAACCUGGCCCUCAAGCUGUGCCUCCCUAUCAUCCCAUGUCGAAAGGCUUGCCUUACGCAUACCAACCACCCAUGCCUCAUGCUCAACCCCACAUGUACAAUGGGAGUCCACAUGGUGCUCCAGGCUACAGUUUACCACCUGACCAGUUUGGAAUGCAGCCAACAUCAGGUCCUGUGUCCAUGCCACAGAUGCCCUCUUACAGUAUGACUCCGAGAGGACCUGGGGGUCCUGAGAGUAUGCCUUAUCAUGGAGGGCCAAUGUUCUCCGUUGGUGGUAUGGUUGGCUAUGGCUCCCCUCAGUACAUGCCUCAGGGGCCAGGUGGUCCAGCUUCUCAAGUUCCUCCUCAAGGGCCUCCACAGGGGCCUCCACAGGGGCCUCCACAGGGGCCUCCACAUGGACCCCCACAUGGACCCCCUCAAGGACCCCCUCAAGGACCCCCUCAAGGACCUCAGCAAGGCCCCCCACAAGGUCCCCCGCAAGGUCCCCCCCAGGUCCAACAGCAGCCCCCUCCACCUGGAGUGUACUCUCCACCCAGUCAGCAGCUCCUGUAAACCUUCUUUGUGAGAGGUGUGAUGUAAACUCGGUUGGUGGGUUGGUACAGUUAAUACCUGUAGUCACCAAUAUUUGUACCCAGCUGGGGAAUAGGUGUUGAUGUCUUAGACACGAGGAGUCAGAACAAAGUAAAUUAUUAUGUUACAAAUUCUUAUCAGCUUUGUAGUGUUUUAUAUUAUAUGUAACAGAAGACCCGGUAAAGAAAACCCACAGAAUAAUUGCUAAUUUUGUCUGGUAUUUAGCUUUUUUUUAUUCAAAUUCUAUCCAUAUAAAAAAUUCUGUAUAUUGCAUUUGAGUGUCAUCUCUUUUCUUUUAUAUCUUAAAAGAAAACAAGUUGAGAGUUGUGUAAGCUCUCUGCCAACUGUGAUGUUACUUACCACUCAUUCAAUUGGUCAUGAAGAAUGAUUGUGUAAGCAGGUGCAAAGGGUAGUCCUGGUGGCUGCUUGUGUGCUAUCUUCAGAAAUGAUAUGAACUUUAAGGUAUUGUGGAUAUGUUGCUGUAUUACUCAUAAGCUGUGCUCAGUUAGAUUGCAACAGUGCCGUACCAUUGUGCUGAAUGAUUUUUUGCCUAAGCUCCUGAUGACCACGAUGAAAUUUCUAUUAAAACUUUAUUUGUUGUUUUAUCUUUAUUUUAUUAUGUUAUGUCAAGAUUUAAUUUUUCUUGCAAAAUUGUCAUUACAUGGAUAAAUAUUUUUAGAAUAUGUCAUUACUAUUCACCAAGGGAAUUUGCUGUAUAAAGGAAAAGAAGUGAAAUGUGUUUCUUGCUAGUGAUUUCCUGGAGAUGCUAAUCGUUUUUCCCACCCUUCAAUUUUCAUGAAAAAUACUAUUUGCUAGUACUUUUGAUGGUGAUUACUUUCCCAGCUUAGUUUUAUUUGUUUGAACUCACAAAAUAUUGAUUUGCUACCCUCUGACCACCAAUUGUGGAAGUCUGACCAUUCCAAAUUUUUUUAAUUGUAUGCACUUCUUUUUUCAGAACAGUAUAUUUCGCUUCAGUUUUGAACAUGUUACCGGAUUGAAAUAAAACUAUUAAAUGAAUAUUUUAGACAAA